AUGUCGAACAGUCCAAUGCGUAUCGUCGCAGAUGAGCACCCUGACGGAGCCUGGUGUAUGGACUGGAGCGCGGAAAUCCAGCGCAAACGUGAUGCGCUGCGCUCGUAUCUGGCGGUCCUUGAAGAGGCACGUAGACGGCUGGAAGAGGUACAACACGACGCCGGCGGCGAGCUCGUCCCGGGCGCCGGUAGCGCCGCCGCAGCAGAUGAGUCCUCUGACACUGCUGGCGCCGACGACUUCUAUCCGCUGGACGACGCCGACGACGACGAGCCGGAAGAAGAGCGCCCAAUGCAGUGGCAGGACCAAGUGUGCCGCCAGAUGGUUUACAAUUACAACAGCUCCCGCCACCUACGGCAGGACGACGACGACCUCGUCGGCCACCUUGCGGACACCGACAACUACGACCUCUACCUCAACGACGACGGCGACGAGAUAUCUCGAGACAUAGUUGCUCUAGGGCUGCACGUCCCGCACAUCCAGCAGGCCGGCACCGCCACUCCUCCUCCCUUCGUGCCCAGCGAAGGAGACGCGGACGGCGACCGCGGCUUUGGGGCCGUCCCGGCCUCCACCGCAGCCAUCGCGGGCCUCAAGGAGCACAGGUACGACGGGUCGUCCGGAGGUGACAGCAUGUGCGUCAUCUGCAUGAGGAGCUACAAGAAGGGCAGGAGGCUCCGCGUGAUGCCGUGCACGCACAAGCAUCGGUUCCACGGCAGGUGCAUCAGGGAGUGGCUGUCGCGGAGCAACAUGUGCCCGCUCUGCCGCCAUGCGCUGCCCACGGCGGACGCGGAGCAAGGAGGAAACGGCGGUGUUCACAGGAGAGUGCUAGUAGUGCGGGUGAAUGUGAAUCCGUACUAG